CCAUCGCCAAUUUAUCGCCGCUGUGACGAAGAAUAGUGUGUAAAACCUUGUAAAAUUGGUGUGAUUUCGCAUUCUAAAGCCUGUUUAUUGCGGUGAAAAGUGGAUAAUAAGUGGCGCUACACCGGUGACCACGCAAUUCAUGCCGAGAGCAGCCAGUAAACAAACGCUGCCGAUGCGCGAGAUGGCGGACUUGGAUGCAGUGCACCUGGGCCUGGACGAGAACGAAGCGGACAUCGCCGAGGAACUCCAGGAUUUUGAAUUCAACACAAGGAGUGAGGCUUCUGAGUCCAAUUUAGGGGAUUCCUCGGACUCGGAACCCAGUAUCAGUUCGGUCAGCACCGCCACAUCCUCAUUAGUGGGCAGUAGCAAGCGAAAGACCAAGAAGCAGUCGAAGGAGAGUCCUCCACCUACGGUGGAGGCCAAAUCUUCCAAGUCCUCAUCCAAAAACAAAGGCAAACGGGAGCCCACUCCGGAGGAGCUAAAUGGUGGGAAGAAAAAGAAGCGCACGGGCAGUGAAUCCAAAAAGGCCUCUGUCUCCGAGUCCUCCGAUAAAGCAAAGGCCAAGUCCCCGCCAGCCGAGGAACGCCAGCCGCCUGCAAAGAAGUCGCGCAGCAAGAAGCCCUCCAGUACCACCGAUUGCGGUGGCCACAAGAGCGAUGUGAGUGAGGCGGAGGACGAAAAACCAGCUCUUCCAGCUCUGGAGUCAGAUAGCGAGUCCUCCGACUCGGACUCGGGAACCCAGCAUAAAAGAAACGGAGGCAAUGGAGGCGGCAAUGGCCGCGGAAAGCCCAGUUCCAAGAGCUCCACGCCGGAGAAGGAUUCAGGCGGCGGUGGGUUGCAGUCCCAUUCGCAGAAGGGCUACGACUACAUGACGAAGCUGAACUAUCUGUUCCGGGACACGCGAUUCUUUCUCAUAAAGUCCAACAACAGCGACAACGUCCAGCUAUCCAAGAGCAAGAACGUGUGGGCCACCCUGCCGCAGAACGACGCCAAUCUUAACCAGGCCUUCAAAGAGGCCAGAAACGUGCUGCUCAUCUUCUCGGUCAAUGAGAGUGGUAAAUUUGCAGGUUUUGCCCGGAUGUCGGGCCCGUCCCGACGGGACAUUCCUCAGGUGGCCUGGGUCCUCCCGCCGAGCAUUUCGCCCAAGGCGCUGGGCGGCGUCAUCGAACUGGACUGGAUCUGUCGCAAGGAGCUGUCCUUCAACGCCACCCUGCAUCUGCACAACACCUGGAACGAGGGCAAGCCGGUGAAGAUCGGUCGCGACGGCCAGGAGAUCGAGCCCAAGAUCGGCGGUGAGCUGUGCCGCCUCUUUCCCGAGGAUGAGCAGAUCGAACUCACUCCAAUACUCAAGAAAUCCAAGGAGACGGCCCGGGUGAUGCGGGAGAAGGGCAUUCACGUGAUCUACAAGCCGCCCCGGAGUCUCUCGUCGCGUGGCCACGGAGGAGGAGGUGGUCGCGGCGGAGGCAGGGGAGCCGGUCACGACCAGCUGGGUCCGAUGCGUCACAAGCGCAGCUACCACGGACCACCGCACCAUCGCCCGUACCGUCACCAUCAUGGCAUGGGCCUCCCGCCGGGCGGAGGCUUCAAGCGAAGCGGAUCUCCCUAUCGUCAGAUGGGCAGCGGUGCAGGAGCACCUCCCGGCGGACCUGGCGACAUGAACAUGCCGGCGUGGGAGCGCUACAUGUCCUCGGCUGCAGCUGCUGAAGCUUAUGUGGCGGACUACAUGCGCAACAUGCACGGCCAACUGCCGCCGUUGCCCUUCGUUCCUCCAUUUGCCCAGCUGCCGAUGGCAGGAGCUGGCGGGGCAGCAGGUGCCCUGGCACCGGGCGCAGCGGCCGCCAUGUACGAGCAGCUGCCGCCACCGGUGCGGUACUACGAUGGACCGGGUGCACCCCUGCCGGAUUAUCCGCCUCCCCAGCGGCCACCACCACCGGGCUUCGAUAAGGCGCCGAGCUACGAGGAGUUUGCCGCCUGGAAAAACGCCGGCCUGCCCACAGUGCCACCGCCGGGCUUCCCCGUCUACGGCGGAGCACCCAAUGGCGGUAGCAAUGGAGCAGGAGGCGCAGCCGGAGCCCAGGCGGCGGCUGCUGGCGGGGGGAUGGGAGGCGGAGGAGGUGGAGGAUCCGGUGGCGGCAUGGGUGGACCCGGCGGCUAUCGGAAUCGGGACGGCAACAACGGCUCCGCGGGCGGUCGUCGACGGGAGUACGGAAAUCGCAGCGGCGGCGGCGGAUCUUCGCGGGAUUCGCGACCGUAUCGCGAGCGUGGCGGCGGCGGCGGCCAGCGAAGCUAUCGGGACAACAGGCGCUAGGCUAUAUCGAGGUCGUGCUCCUGGCCUCGCUAGAAUCGGAAAGUGUAAUCCUAAUCCUCUCGCGUGUGAAAAUGCAAUGAGAAAUAUUGAAUGCGUUACGGUAUAAGCGAAAAGUUAAUAUGAUAAAACCGCUGCAAAACCCUAGACCUUUUAAAGCCGGCUAUCGUCUAAAGUCGAUACAACUCUCUGUCCCCCUCUUUCUCUGUCCCGCUCACCAAAACACCCCCACCACCCACACUAUGAUUAAAACAAACUUACGACUUAAGCAAAUUUCAAAACAGCAGAGAUCUUAAUGCUAAUUAAAUAUUUUAAACUACAAAAAAAAAAAUACAAAAUGAAAGAGAGAUUAUGUGAACUUUAUUUACCCAAAACCAAAAAUAUAUAAAGAGCGAGAGAAAGAGACUUUAAAGAGACGCCCAACAACAACAACCACAACCAACAACAACACCAUGAACGAACUUAAGUUAACAUGAGAUCAGUGAUCAAUCAGUGAUGUGUGUAUCGUGUGUGCCAAACCCCAAACACAAAACCCCAUUCUCCAACACCCCCGAACCCAUUAAAGUUCCAAAAACGAGAGUUGGACGCAGCAAAAGCCACCUAAAUCAAAUGUGGGGAUGCGUCCCCCAGAAAGACUUUCAAAGACCUAAACGGAGCCCAGCUCUAAAUGGGGAUUAAGAGUAAUAAUCACUGCUACCUACCUUCAAAGACGAGGGUCCAGUCGUUUCGAUCCGAUCCAAGCUUCCUUAUACGUAGUAUAAAACUAAUGCAAUCAUAUUUAACACUUACAUGUCUUGCCGACAGAAGACCAUAUUUAUCCCAGAAACAGACACACAUCCGCCCACAUUUUGGCCCGGAGUUCGCUCUCCGGGUUCCUUUGGCCCUGUAGAAAUUCGAACCGUAGCAAUCCGAACUGUUUGACCCUCGAGUUGGUCACCGAAUCCCCCCAUCGAUUCCACUCAAUGACUGCCACAUUUUCACGCUUUACCGGAGCAUUGACUGCGACAAACACUCAAACACACUUUUCCGGACAGACAUAGGGAGUUUGCUCUGUUUCUUUGCAGGAUCUGCUGGACUCUUUGGACCAUGGAUACAGCUGGGAAUUACAUUACAAAAUUGAUUUGGAGAGAGACAUUAAUGGAGAAAGAUGCAAAAUAAAGACUGAAGCUGAUUUAAAAUAUA